GCUCUCUAUUUGCUCAGGUUUGCUCCGCCUCAGAAAUGCACUCGGCCGACCGAUCACACUAAAUUGCUGAUACAGUGAUGAGUCGGGAUUCCCAGACUAGACAUUACCAGCACGUAUCAAUUAAAUACCCAGCGUAUGUCAAUAUGCUUAUCCGGUUACGGCCUCCGCUUCAAUUUGAGAAACCUCGUUAGCUUCUUUGGCAAAAACGAUUUUUAUACGUUUCCCAGCAGCACUGUGCCGAAAAAGAGCAGACAUGUAAAAGUUUGUGACAUGUGUCACGGCCGUGUGGAGACUGCGCCACUGAUGUCGGCCAAGCUGACAGGCGCAGAUGGCUCUGGGACAUUGCGGGUUUGGUCCACGUCAACUCGCAUCGGCGUCACCCGCUGGAAGCUGCGCUAAUCUGUCAACGGCUCCGUUAAAAAAGCACCAUUUGGAUUGCAAUGCGUUGCUUUUAUUGAGCGGCCUUUUUGAUAUGUGCAUUUCAUAUUCAAUUGCACUUUUGGAGCACGAGUCACGCGUUAGAUACUUUAAUCAGUGUUUCUCAACAGUGAUUUAAUAUAUAAAAUAUAUACACAUAUAUACACAUCUGUAAAAAAUUUACAUUGAAACCGUGUGCAUAUGAACUUACAAAUUAUUUCCCAAAUUAUUUCCCAUAAAGUUGGCAAAUUAAUCAACUCUUGUUGACGUUGGGCAGUUCUCCAAAUGGGAAAUCCAAAUUUGCCCACAAACCAACUAAAGUCAACCAAGAAAAAUACAGACAGUUCUAUUUCCAUGUCACCUUCGAAGUUGUGAAAUUACUAUUUUGUAGGAGGCCCUCAAAUGCAACAUUUUACCGGAAGUGACUCGUUCUCCGCCGGUGUUUUCAAAAAAAUCGGCGGUAGCUGGAGUGUCCGUCUACUGUUAGGAACCCUUAACGAAAGCAGAAAUCUUCCAUUAAAAACUUCACAGAGGAAUAUCAUGCUGCAGCCAGGAUUGUUAGGAAAUCUUCAUCCUGGAAAUAAGAAGCUAGAAGGGAAAACCUUCUAUCUGGACAAUGUGAAGAAACGUCCCGCAGCCCUGCUUUUGGAAGCUAUAUCUCUUCUCGGAGGGAGCGUAGAGAGCUUCCUUCACAGAGACGUGAGCUUUGUGGUUACGGGAAGUCAACAAGCCUCUGAGGAGAAAAAGCUCACAGGAUGCAAAAGGGGGAGCGAUGAGCCUCAGCGGCCCGUCAAGCAGCAAGAAAGUGUUCUUGAAGGCGGUGAGCGGCGACCGCCAACUCCUCGGCCAGUGGCUUGCGGCAGCCGAGGAAAAGCCCUGCUUGAAAAAGCCAUUCGCAACAAUGAGCGACUGCAGGCGAGCAGCGUGUUGACUAACGCCCGUACGUGGGGCGUUCACAUUGUCCAUGUGGAUGAUGUUCUUAUUUACUUGAAGAAGUUAAACAGCGAGCCAGUCGUGAAAUCCAGCCGAGCAGAGAGGACUUCCACCAAGCAGUCGUCUUGUCACGUUGUCAAAGCUAAGCCUCUGCGAUUGCCUUACCUCAAAAUUGAAGAUGUCAGCAGGAAGUACAAGUCCUUGAAUAUGCAGUCGAUGAGCCUCCCCUCGUUGUACUACUUGGGCCGAUUCAGUCCCUUCGAGUCGCCGCCCCCUCCUCGCUUUGAGAAGACGGCGCAAGGAGACAAUCCAUCCAGGCCAAAGAGCAAAGUGGAAAGCGGUAGUAAGGGGAAAUCUCAAACCCUGUCACCUUGGCCACCCCGCAAAAAGAGCAUCUCUUACUGUGAAUGUUGCCUUCGCUCCUUCACCAACCUACCUGAGCACUUGGAGUCUGAUCAGCAUCGCGCCUUUGCCACGGAGACUUCCAAUUAUGACGUCUUGGAGCAGCUGGUGUGCAAAAUGCUUCCCGCAUUCGACCUCCAUCCUUCAGAGCAAGCUGAAGAUGUGCCCAAUAGGCCCCCAACUGCUCUGCCCAUCCCGGCCAAUUGUGAACUUGAGCUUCUGACUGACGCCGAGUUGGAGCAUGAAAUUCAAGCCUUGAAAGGACAAUCAUCUUUCCCCGCACCUGCUCAGAAUUCUCCUCUUCAGCUCGUGAAAUCACCCGAGGAACUAGAUCCCGUCCAGAUUCCAGCCACGACGUCCACUGAUCUCCCGUGCCCCGAACCCGACGACCUCACCCACGCAGCAACUGUGCCCUUGGCUGUUUUGGACAUGGCGCCACAAGUCCAUUUUCCUCCAGCACGCUCCCUCUGCCCUGCUACAGAAGAUUUGUCUAUUGACCCGUACUCCAUGCCACCGGUCCUCAGCCCGCAAGUCUUCUCCGCCGAGGACACGGAGACCCGCAGUUUAUACUCUGAACCGCCUGUCCUCAGUCCUCAGAACUCCGAUGGAGAUUAUCAAUGUGAAAUGGAGACAAUGCUAAGUGUGUCUGAAUCGUUUCCUGUCUCCUUCCCCUUGCUUCCUUCUGUGGCAGUGUCCAAUACAGAAGAAGUGAAGGAAACCCUGUGCCCUUUUAAGCAAUCUCACCCGGCGACUCCAAACCCCCGAAAACGUCGUCGCCAUUCCAGCUGCGACCGCGAUUGCAGGAAAAGGAAAAGGAUGGAAGAAAAGGACAUUUCACGAUCGGAAGGUCACGUCGUUAUGCAGGCUGAGCUGUGUUUUUCUGCGAGGACGACUCUUCAAGGGGUGCAGUCAAAUGCAGGCUCUCUAAUGUGUCCUCCCGUGGGAGACAGACAAUUCUCUCCAUUCAAAUUGUUGGGUCACAGUGUUGAAGUAAGAUGGUCGCCUGCUCCAAAGAUCCCGUCACGCUUCUCCAGCCAAGACUUCCAACAAUCCACUUCGGUGUGUAUCGACCCGGCCCUGAUCCCCGACGUAGCGCGCCUCUCCCCGGCCUCGUCCGACUCGGACUGGGACCGCGAGCUGCUGACCGGCCUGGGCUCCGCGCAGACCGGGUCGCCGUCGGGCCCGAGCGACGCGGCGGCAGCGGGCGAGCCAGACACGGACUUCAUCCACAGGCCGUGCGUGUGGAUGAGCGACAGCAGCUACGAGUCGCGGCUGCACACCGCCUUGCGGCCAGCCACCCCUGCGGGGGAACCCUCGACAUUCUCCAGGACGCUGGUGCAAAUUGUUGAGGUACUUCACUGACUGCACUUUGAUGGACCAUUGUUAUGAACUCAUUGAACCCCAUGCAUUGUCUUGUAAAACGUGUUUACAGCUGUGUGUUCAUGUCUGUUUAUUUUUGUCAUCUGCAAAACUGCUCCCAAUGUUGUUGUGCUGACAUAAAUCUUUGAGCAGCUGUCUGGAAACACGCACUUUUUUUUUUUCCCCUGAAAGGGUCAUUAUUCAAUUACUCUAAGUGCUUUGGAGCAGAUCCCAACUGAACUUGUCUUGAUGGUCAGACAUGCAAAGUGCUGGGAAAAGUGGAGCCCCUCACACUUCCCUCCAGGAUGGAAUCAACGUGGGAAGGGGGGGAAAAAAAACACUUUGUAGGUGGGCCCAAAUGUUCUUGCUGAAUGUGAA